AUUUUUAUCAGUUCAAUGAGUAUUGAGUUGUGAGUUGUUUGUAAAUUUGUACCCAAGUCUCGAUACUAUCAAUUAUAUAUUUUACAUUAAUCUCAAUUUUGGUGCAGUGAGUUAUGAGUGAUUGCUUAUUAAUAAAUGUGUUAUUAUAGGUAUUAUAAACAAUGAAGCCCGUUAUAGAUUUCGAUGAAUGUUUGAGAGAUCCCAAAUUUAGGGAACAGCUGGAAACUGAGGAGGCUAGCAUUGACGCGUUAGAACAAAAGCUUGAUAAAAUUCUCAAAACAUGCUCACUUAUGAUAGAAACGGGCAAAAUAUACAUGAAUCAUAGAAGCACAUUCACAAAUGCAUUAUGGGAUUUGAGCAGCAACUUUGCAGAGGAUCCCUCUGUUAUGUCAAUGCUCAACAGAAUGAUACAUGCAUUACAAGAAAUGACCAAGUUCCAUUCCAUCUUAUUGGACCAAGCAUCCAGAACUAUACUGAAGAAUCUCACAGCUUUCAUCAAAGUAGAUAUAAAAGGAGUAAAGGAGAGUAAACAUCAUUUUGAAAAAAUCUCAAAUGAUCUGGAUAUAGCCUUAAUUAGAAACUCUCAGGUAUCACGCCACAAAUCAUCUGAUGUUGAGGAGAUAGUGAAUCUCUUGCUAGCAACGCGUUCUUGCUUCCGACACACGGCUUUGGACCAUGUGCAGAAGAUUACGAUGUUACAAGCGAGGAAACGCCAUGAAAUUCUUGCAACGUUCCUGUCAUAUUUGCAAGCUUGUUGCACGUACAACCACCAAGGCGCCGACUUGUCCGAGGAUUUGGAACCCUUCCUGAAAACGACAGCCGACGAGAUCGCAGUAAUGCGUAACGACACAAAGGUAUUGGACAAGGAGAUGGAGAAUCGUCACACGAUCGUGAACAGUAAGGAUACGGUGUUGCCCAGUUGCGAUACUAGCAAGGGGGUGGGGGAGAAAGAAGGGCUAUUGAGCACACCGUGCCUGAAAAAUUUGCCCAGAAUGCAAGGGUACCUGUUCAAAAGGACGUCCAAUGCGUUCAAGACGUGGAACCGACGGUGGUUCUAUCUCUAUGAUAAUCGACUUGUAUAUAGAAAAAGGACCGGUGAACUGAAUGUGACGGUAAUGGAGGAAGACUUAAGGCUGUGUACAGUUAAACCGGUGGUGGACGGUGAACGGCGGUAUUGUUUCGAAGUGCUUUCACCGUCCAAGAGUCACAUGCUACAAGCGGAUUCAGAAGAGAUGCUAAAUUCAUGGAUACAAGCGCUACAAAAUGGUAUAAGAUCGGCCAUCCAACAGGGACAAAGCAGGGACAACCCGGACUCGCAACUAGUGCUCGUGCCAGACGAAUCUAGACCUAACAGCGAUAGGAAUAUGAAAAAAGUUAGAAUAUGGGAACAAUUACUAAGUAUACCGGGUAACAACUACUGUUGUGACUGCGGCAGUCCGAACCCGCGAUGGGCGAGCAUUAAUCUUGGAAUAACACUUUGCAUUGAAUGUUCCGGAAUACAUCGUUCUCUCGGCGUGCAUGUUAGUAAAGUGCGUUCACUCACUUUGGAUGACUGGGAACCAGAUAUUAUAAAGGUAAUGGCGGAACUGGGCAACAAGCUUGUGAAUUUUAUUUACGAAGCUAAUACCGAAGGAUCUACCAUCGUCAGAGCUACUCCAGACUGUGAAACCUCCGUUCGAGAGCAAUGGAUUCGCGCGAAAUACGUGAACCUGUCGUUUGUGCGCAACAUCGUGAACUCGUGCGACGCGAAGCCGGGCCCGCUGCAGAGCGGCCGCCGGUGGUCCGUCAGGCGGCCCAGACGAAGGUUGCGUCCAGCACCCGCAGUCCCAGACACGAUAAAGGAUGAAAAGAGCGAUGUAAAUAGCAACUCAAGUGUAUCAGAAAGUUCGAGUAAGUCGGACGGCAGUCCAGUGCUACUGAUCGGAAAGGAGCUCGCCACAGACCGAGCAGUGGACCUCAGCCUGCCUUCAGACCAUGACUCCACUGAAGGGGAGGAUGACGAUCUAGACGCGGAGGACAUAUCGUGCCUGUCCCCCGAGGCAGUCCUCCACCGAGCGGCGCGGGCUCACAACGUGUGCGUGAUGCGCGGCGCGCUAGCGGCCGGCGCCCCGCCCAGCGCGCCCGCGCGGAGGGCUCGCACGCCGCUGCACAAUGCUGUGCUCAGUGGUUCAGUGAUGGCGUGUUCGUUCCUGUUACUGAACGGCAGUAAGAUAAACGCUCAAGAUGACGACGGUAUGACGCCGCUGCAUCUCGCCACAGAGGCUGGUCACACUGGACAGGUGUGUCUGUUACUCCGAUAUCGCGCGGACCAAUCUAUAGUGGACAAGCAAGGCCGGACGCCGCUCGAUAUAGCUGUUGAACAGGCGAAUGCUGAUAUCGUCACAUUGUUGCGUCUAACGAAACUGAACGAGGAGAUGCGCGAAAGCGAGAUGUCGUCGAACGACGACACGUACAACGAGGUGUUCCGCGACUACACGCAGCUCGCGCACUCGCACCCCGAGCGGCUCGUGCGCGCUAGGCACAACAAUAACGACGGCGAACAGUCGAGUGAAUGACGUUUGGAGAAACAAUUGCGUCGACUGCAACGUUGGUGGUGCGAGGAUUGACAAACGUUGGACGCAUCGCUCCAAGGUUGGCGCCAAUAUUUGUGCCACAUUUGCUACAAUAACUUGAUGACAUGCCAUUUGUAUUGGCAAUUGAUGGGCCUUCUUCACAAUGGCCAGAAGCAUUACCUGAAUGUCUAUGAUCGGCUGUCAUUAUAGACGUUCAUUAAUAAUCGCCGUAAUGGCGAGAAACAUCGACAAUCAUUUGUUGGGCCAACGCUCUCGAUUGUGAAGGGGGCCAAUUAAAGCUUCGAUGCCAACUUUUGGUCCAAUAUCUAUAUUGAUAAAUUGUAUUAUAGACAAAAGAUGCAAGUUUUGGUGCAUUUGAAUUUGAUAUUAUACGAAAUCAAAUCUUCUGGAAUUCCAUAAUAGGUGUCUAAUGCCGUUAAUAAUAAUCGGUUUGUCAAAUACUUUCUUCGUUCCGUUCGCUCAUAUGUAUGGAUGACUUAAAAUUAUAAGAAGAACAUAAUUAAUCAUUUUUAAGUGGUUCGAAGUUACCGGUUCAGUAAGAUAAAAAAUACAUAAAAAUCGAUAUAAAAUUUAAAAUUGAUUACUAAAAUUUGUUCUAAGAUUAUGUACAUUACAACGAGCGCUAACUUGAACUUUUAUUUGUAAUUCUUCUAUACAAAUAUUGUAUAAAGUGAAAGUUUAUACACAUCGUCGUUAAACGAAAAAAAAUCGUUACUUUUAAUGUUGUAUUAUGGAUAUUAAUAUAGUCCUUGUUUUAGACUAUAUAGAUAUUAUAUUUGUGUGCAGGUGCAAGAUUGGACACCUGACGAAGCGUGUAGCACUUGUACAAUAUUAAAAUUGAGUAACAUACAAAAAAUAAAGUUAAAUUUUCAAUCUCCUCGUUCUAUAAAAAGUCAGAUUUUUUAAGAAUCGCCAUGUUAUCUCAUACCUCCACUCCUUAAUUUUCCGAAAUAUUACAUAUUUUGAUGCUUUGCGAAGUAUUACAUAUUUAUAUUUUGGAAAUAUGGCAAUUUUUAAGUACUGAGUUCAGUUAAAUCAAAUAAGUAAACAGAAGGUCAGAGUAAAUAACAUGAAUAUGAAUAUUCAUACAAAAUUAUUUUAAUUGCAUUCGAUAAAAAACUGUUUUGACACACAAACAGAUAGCCCAUUUCUUAUUUGUAAGUAUUAUAAAAUAUAGUUAGGUGUCUUUCCACGCUUCGUCAGAUUGUUCCUUACUAAAUUUGAGGCUUGAAAUGUUUGAAAAUAUUCGUUAUAUACUAUGCCAUUUGCCUUGCUUUCGUUGUUAUUUGAUAGUUUUGUGAUUUUCAAUUUAUAACCAAAGAAAUUAUUGGAAAACCGUUCGUCACACGACCUUGGCCUUAUAACUGUGAUGGUCGCUUAAGAGACAUUAUCUAAUUAAAUGUUUCAUUUAUUUUUGCGUAUUGUUGUUUCAAUAAAAAUCUCAGUGAAAAUUAUGUGGUGUGAA